AUGUACAGUUUCAUGGGAGGUGGGCUGUUCUGUGCCAUCGUCGGUAACAUCCUUCUUGUGGUCUCCACGGCAACAGACUACUGGAUGCAGUACCGACUGUCGGGGGCUUUUGCUCAUCAGGGCCUGUGGAGGUACUGCAUGUCGGGGAAGUGCUACAUGCAGACGGACAGCAUUGCUUACUGGAAUGCCACAAGAGCAUUCAUGAUCCUGUCCGCCAUGUCCUGUUUCGCUGGGAUCAUCGCUGGAAUCCUGUCCUUUGCUCACUUUUCUGCUUUCGAGAGGUUCAACAGGUCCUUUGCAGCUGGGAUCAUGUUCUUUGUUUCCACUUUGUUUGUGCUGCUGGCGAUGGCCAUCUACACUGGCGUCACGGUCAACUUCCUGGGUAAACGCUUCGGAGACUGGAGAUUCUCGUGGUCUUACAUCCUCGGCUGGGUAGCUCUGCUCAUGACGUUUUUUGCAGGUAUAUUUUACAUGUGCGCCUACAGAAUGCACGAAUGCAGAAGAGUUUCCGGACCUCGCUGAUAGCGUCGGGAGCCUGGAAACGACGGAGCGGUCAAAGUUAAGAAAAACAGACGACGGAUCCCAACACAAAGUUUCAAGCUUUUUAUUUUUGCAUUUUUUUUAAAGUCUCAUUUACUUUGAUUUUAAAAAUAGAAAUCUUACAACAUUGUCAUUAUUGCACAACUGUAAAA